UUAUAUACAGUGUAUGACAAUAAUAUAUAACCCUCCAUUUUUUUUAACCAUAGAUUUGAUUAAGCAAGAGGUGUGUUGCGUAAGUCAUCCCUAAAUCAUCGCUUGAGAGGUAACGACAGCAGGCAGUGGGUCACUUCUCAUCGGUGCUGCACUUUUCCCCUCCGUGGCUGCGGGACAACGCCUUGGUAGUGAACAGCUUGUUUACAAAGGAGCCUCUGACACCAUACAAUACAUCUAGAUAGACGAGACGAAUUAUACAUUCUUUUGUUCCUACUUUCAGACCACUGGCUGGUUUUCCAUCUCCGUAAGUGAGCCAUUCCUGAUGUGGGAGGGCGGGACGCCCUUCAUGGAUGCGACUCAGGGCUGUACUCGCAAAACGUCAAAUCAUGGCGGCCUAGCGCGGGAGCCUCCACUGCGGGUAUAAAGAUCCGCGGCGAGCAGCUGAUGUCAGUGAGCAGCAGCAGCAUCACCACCACGCACCAUCAACCAUGUGGAGACCCAUGUUCUUCCUCUGCCUGGCGGUCUCGGCCGUCCUCGCCAUGCCCGGAGGACACGCAGGCGGCCACGGCGGCGUCCACUUCGGGGGCGGCGGCGGCUUUGGCGGUGGAUAUGGCGGCUACAGUGUUCCCACUCCCUACGCUUAUGACUACGCCGUAUCUGCUGGCGUCACCAACUUCGGCCAGAGUGAAAAGGGCAACGGCUACGGAGGCGUAAACGGCGGCUACUGGGUUAACCUUCCCGACGGCCGCGUGCAGAAGGUGUCCUACUGGGCUGACGGCAGCGGCUACCACCCAGUGGUGACCUACUCCGGCAAGGCCCACUACCCUGCAAGCUACGGAUAUGGCCACGGCUACCAUUGAGACCACGAACCACCGCAACACAACAAUGCAGACACUGAUGGGGUCUUCCGUGUAAAUGUCACGCACAUAAUAUAUGACUAAUACGAUUUCCUUUUUUUUAU